UUCUGAAGCGGCCAGCCAUUGCAGUACGACUCUGCUUAUUCCUUCCAGUAGUUAUACUGCCAGCGUAUGUACCUGCCGCUGCUCCGAUCCAAGCUAAGGAGCCCCAACUAACAUUCCCUCCUGCAAACAACGGGAGUAGAUGGACACGCUCGGGGUCGCGCUCGCAUCAUAAGAGGGCGGCUCGGCUGAGGGGGCCAACGACGCGCACCACAGGCCUCCUCCCUUACCUUUCCCGUAGGCUCGUAGCGUAGCGUGUUAGUGUUAGCCUAGUCAGCCGCAGCACGGCAGCACUGCAGGCCUCCUCCCUUACCUUUCCCGUAGGCUCGCCUCGCGAUCGACCAUGGGAAGGCCGGUGGCGCCGGUCCUCGCGCUGGCGAUCGUGGCCCUCGCGUCGGCGGUCGCCACGGCCGCCGCGGCGGCCCAGGCGGAGGUGAAGUGCGGCGGGUGCUCGCCGUGCGGCGGCGCGGACUGCCCCGUGCUGUACCCGUCGCCGCCACCCCCGCCGCCGUACUACUACUACAGCCCCCCGCCGCCGGCGGCCUACCCGGGGUCGGGCUGCCCGCCGCCGCCGGGCGCGUACAUCCAGAUCGGGAGCACGCCGCCGGGCAAGGGCCCGCUGUACCCGCAGGACCCCGGGUUCAUGCCGUCCGCCGCGCCCGGCCGCGCCGCCCCGCUCGCGGCCGGCGUGCUUGCCGCGGUGGCGACCGUGUGGGCAGCCUUCUUGUGAGUUGUGAUCUGCAACCGCAAUGCGACUCGACGGCGGGCUCCUCCGGUAUGUAGGGCGACGCGCGGAGGCGAUCCUGCCGGCGUUCUCAAGGGUUUCCCAGUGUAUUUACGCAUGCUCCUUUUCCAUAAUAAUUUGUACUUGCCAUCCUAUACAUGGGCUGUAGUUGUUCCAAAUGUAUGAAGGUUUUCUUUGCUUUAGUUCUUUUUUUAAAAAAAAUCUGACGAUUUUAGAACAAUCACUUGUAAGAACGGAACGCAAAUUCAAGCAGAUGUGGAACUAGCAGGUCAUUCCUGAUUCCAAAUUUUCUUCUAAUGGUCAA